CCCCAAAAAGACGUUCCGGUUGAUGCCUCUACAAAUCUGGUAAAUUGGGAUUGCCCGGAAGCAAUAAAUUUCUCGGAUUUCAUAGAAACUCUACAACAACUUCGCAAAACCGGAUUUAUACCUGCUACAUUCGAAUCAAAAGAAUAUCGGAAUAUUCGUCAAGAGAUCAAUGGUGUUGAAUUGGAAUUACUAAUCGAAAAUUUAUCUUUAAAAGUUAGAAGAGUUUUAGAUGUUGGAAAGACUUUGCAAGAGAACAAAAGAUUAGUUAGAGAGAAAAACGAUGUUGACAAGAUCAAUGGAUUGGAUAUUCGCAAAUUUAAUGAAAAUAUUAAUGAACAAGAAAAUAACGAAUGGUGUUUUGUGAUAGUGGAUGGAUUUUUAUUAUAUCAGGAUGUACAGGUAUUAAAAGAGUUGGAUGUUAAAUUAUUUAUUAAAGCGGAUUAUGAGACUUUAAAGAAGCGAAGAGAAGAAAGGAGUAGUUAUUUUACACUUGAAGGCAAUUAUUGGAUUGAUCCACCAAAUUAUUUUGACA